GUUCUCUACACAUCAGGACACAAACAACCAUGCAACACUCACACAGACACUGUGUAUCUCAGCAGGACAAGGCAGAAGAAGAAAGGAAAUGUAGUGUAUUUGGAACUGUGGAAGCUCCCAGACCAGUCCUGUGUAUCAGGGAGACCAGCUUGUGAUUUGCUGUCCAUCAUCCGUCGACCAUGGGUGCAAAAUUCAGCAAACCCACAUCUAACCCGCUGAGAAACUUCAACUUUUUUUCCUGUUUCAAAUGUGGCCGAUCCAGGCAACCAUCAUUUUAUCAUAAUAUAUCCCCCCAACCGAGCAUCUUUGCUACACUAACGAGGCGCAAUGUCCCCAGGCCCAACGAGUUCAUACAUCUUUUCAGCAACUGCAUCUCUGCUGCUACGGCCAGAACGCAAGAGUACCUCAUCUUCAAGGAUCCAGAGGACAAGUUACGCCCGAGUCCCGAGGUGCUCACUCAGGUCUUCCUGAUGACCUACAUCACUCGGAGUGUUGAGGUCAACCUGCAGGACAGCCUUAACUGCACAGUCAUGACUCCUGAGCAGCGCGUCCUCCUGGGUGCUGACUGGGUUUGGGCAGUGCUGGAGAGGCCGACCAAGAACCCCAAGUUCCAGAUUGUCGUGCAGGUCCUGCACCUGUCUGAGAGGGAGGAGGCUGAGCAGAAGGUCUCCGUGGACACCUGCAGUGAAUCCAUCCAGAUGGCCCAGAUGGAGUCCAGCAACAAUAACACGUACGAGAGAAUGGUGAACUUCUGCACCUCCAUUGGCAAGGACUGCUACGCUCUCUUCUUGUUUUUUGGGAAAAAAAAUGACAAGGUGAAUAUCUACGGCGUCCUCAGCAAUAAUUUUGAGGCAGCCAAGGGAAAAUGCAGGAUUGACAGAGCUCUGAUUGAGAACUUCUUUAAAGGUUCGAGGUAUCUCCAUACGCCUUUAGGAAUGAUGCAGGCAAUUAUGACUAAAAAUAAAGGCAACCCCAUCACUGUCAUGAUUAAAUUCAGCUGAAUCACAGUAAGAUGAGCACGCUGAGCUAUGCAGUUAUGUUGUAUUGAAGAGGUCAAAGGUCACAAACACUCACACACAAACAAAAAUCUGGUCACUACAGAUAGCAACACCACAAAAACAGGUCUGCAUUCUAUAAAUAUAUCAGACUAUUAUAUAUGAUAUAUAAAAGAGAAUUAUAUCAUAAAUAUAAGAAAUUGAAACAUAAUCUAAAAUAUGCAUUUGUUACAAUGUAAGCGGUAUUUGAGCUGAACAGAAAUACUCAGACCAGCCCUUCUGACACGAACAACUACGCUGCUCUUCCCCAUUCUGAUGCUCGGUUUUAACUUCAGCAGGUCGUCUUCACCAUGUCUACAUGCCUUACAGCAAUCAGCUGCUGCCAUGUGAUUGGCUGAUUAGAUAUUUGUCUUAACAAGCAGUUAAACAGGUGUACCCAACAAAGUGGCCAAUGGGUAACUGUAUGUUUGCCGUUUGGAACAACCUGCCUGAGGAACUCCACUUUGCUCUUCCUGAAAAUCCCUGUUUCACUUCUUUAUAUUAUGGUGCUUUCUGCAUGUGGUUCUACUCAUCUUACCUCUUUUUUCUUAAUUCUAUUAUUAUCUCUUAUUUUAUUCACUAUUGUUUGGAGUUCUAUCUUUUCAUCUCAUUUUAACUUUCACCU